GAGAAGCGUCAUCCUCACUUUUCCUCUUCAACUGCUUCAGUGUUGUGCGGAGCAGAAACAUUAGACUUCAAUACUGCUUUUUUCAACAAUUGGGUAAGAAAAUUGAGCCCAUAGAUUCUCUGUUGUCAAUCUUCAAAUGGGAUUAGACGAAACUUAUUGCUGAUUCUCUGAUCAAGAAAUGUCCCAAACUGAUGUUUCCUACAGUUUUGGUCUGUUGGAUGAAUUAUUUUGGCUGCAGCAUGGAUGCUGCUUGUGGAAAUUGAAUCAGAUUUUAUAGGAACUUUAGUUAAGUAUUGGCCACAGUAUUUGCCGUUUGCAAUUCGUAGUGCUGAAAAAUGUGAAAUCAGCAGCUUGGAUUGGGCAGCCGUUCUGCUUGCUUGUUGCUUGGCCUUUGGAAAAAGUUACUGAAAGGUACAAGUUGUGGUUCUUGUGGAUAUCAUCUCAAUUUAACAUCUUCUAAUCGUGUAACUUCUAGUAUUGGCUCCAGAUAUAGCAAAUCCAUUAACAAGGGCUCUAUCUCCUUUCGUUCUAUUGAUCCUAGUCGAUUUACUCAAGUUGAUGAAGUGAACUGCCUUCCCAUAUCUUGGGGACGCUAUCGUUCAAAAUCUAAACUUUUGUGCCGCAAUUGUGGAGUUCUCAUUGGUUAUGGAUAUGGAGACUCCACUGCACUCUGUGGUCUUGAAUCACCAACCUCAUCUGGCUCAACAUAUAAGAAGAUCGUGGUAAAGAUUCGAGCUUUACAACCUUCUGAAGACAACUAGUCCAUAACUAUGGAGACUGGCUUAACAGAUCCAUCUACAUCUAUCCUCCAACUGCCAGAUGAUUGUUUAUACUUUAUUUUCCAAAGGCUUGAGUCUAGUAACGACCGUGAAUCUUUUGGUUUGACAUGCCACCGUUGGCUUCGUAUUCAAAAUUCAAGUCGUCGAUCUUUACAAUUUCAAUGCUCAUUCACCCAACUGAACUCUACCUCACUAUCUCGGCCUUCAACCACUAUUACUUUCUUCCAUCUUUACAGGUUGUUGUGUCGUUUUCCGCAGUUGCAGUCAUUGUCACUGUCCGGAUGCAUCGAGCUCCCAGAUUCAGGUUUAUCCAUGUUACUUAAUUAUGGAUCGAAGUUGGAAAGUUUGCAUCUAGAUUGUUGUUUUGGCAUUACAGAUCAUGGACUUUCCUUCGUUGCCGGUGGUUGCCCUCUUCUCACAAUCAUUAGUCUUUAUCGGUGUAGUGUUAUGGAUAUUGGACUUGAAACUUUGUCUCGGUCUUGCUUAAAUCUAAAAGAUGUAAAUCUCUCAUAUUGUUCACUCAUCUCUGAUCACGGAAUAAGAGCUCUUUCGCAAAACUGUCGUCAUCUCAGAUCGAUCAGUAUAUCGCACUGCAGAAAUGUAACAGGUGUUGGGUUUCAAGGAUGUUCACAGACUCUAGCAUAUUUAGAAGCUGAUUCAUGUAAACUUGAACCGGAAGGGAUAUCGGCCAUUGUUAGCGGAGGUGGACUUGAAUACUUAAAUAUUUCUAACCUUACCUGGUGCAUUCAUGGGCAUGGUCUGACAACAAUUGAUGCUAGAUUUAUCUCCAAAUUGAGAGUACUCAAUUUUCGACUGUGUAGAACCAUUGAUGAUGAUGCUAUUGUCAAAAUCGCACAAGAGUGUUCACUGCUUGAGGAAUGGAACUUGGCUUUGUGUCAUGAAAUUAGUAUCUUAGGGUGGGAGUCGAUUGGUUCAAAUUGCCGUAAUUUGGAGCGACUUCAUGUGAACAGAUGUCGGAACCUUUGUGAUGAAGGUUUGCAGGCUUUAAGAGAUGGUUGUAGACGGCUCCAGAAGUUGUACUUAGGCCGAUGUCGUCUAAUCAGUUCAACAGCAAUUGAGAUGUUUAAAUGUUUGAGAAGCGAGGUGGAGAUCAUAGAUGAAGAGAUAAUGCACAUUGGACCUGACUGGGCCUUCCAUUUAUAGCAAGUAGAGCAUUAGUAAACUUGAAAAGCAUACAAAAUUGUGCUACACUUUAUUACUCAUUAUUAUUUUUUUAAAAUUAUUAUUGGCAAUGAUUAGAGAUAA